UGUUUCGUUGCAGAUAUUGCCAUGGAUUGGUCGGAUCACGCGCUCUGGUGGCCGGCUCGCAACACGUGGCUCACCAGGACACGCUCCACCCUAGACCAGUAUGGGGUUCAAGCAGAUGCACUUCUGCACUUCACACCAAUGCACAAGACCUUAAGGGUUCAGUUGCCUGACCUACGCUACCUUGACUGCAGGGUCAACUUCUCAAUCAAGACAUUUAAUGGCGUCGUGAACCUGUGCAAGGAACUAGGUAUACGACACCCAGAGGAAUUGUCGUUCUGCAAACCGCUAGAUCCAAAUCACCUUAAAUACAACCUGAAGGAUCUCCCUGGAAACAAGAAGAGGAUUUCAGACCCAAGAGGAGGACCAAACAAUGGACUACCACCACCAGACACCAACACGUUCAUUGCCAACAGCAGCCCAUCAGGGUCUACAGGAAGCCUGGACAAGAGCUCACCACCAUUCAUGUGUGCGCCUGUUACACCAAACCGACAUCACACUUCAACACCCAUCGGUUCUCCAGUCAACACGCAGCAAUCUGGGACGUGGAAGAGAAGUAAUCAUUCACAAAGCUUUGGGGAGAUGAAUGGUACUUAUCAACCAAACACCAAUAACAGUAUGACUCUUGAGAUGCUCAAUGGGAGUGUCGAUUCAUCACUUGCCCACAGCCCAUCCGCACCAAGCCCAGAUGCUCGAAACCGUCAGCUUCGACCACGGACACUUGUUGAGCGAGCACGGAUGAAUGUCGCUUGGCUGGACUCUUCACUCUCAAUCAUGGAGCAAGGUGUAAGGGAGUACGACACACUUUGCUUGCGCUUCAAGUUCUACUCUUUCUAUGACCUGAACCCAAAAUACGAUGGCGUGAGAAUCAAUCAAAUCUAUGAGCAAGCCAAAUGGCAACUUCUCAACGAAGAGAUCGAUUGUACUGAAGAGGAGAUGCUCAUGUUUGCAGCACUUCAGGUGCAAGUAACGUUGCAAGCCGGAGUACCCCAACCGAUCCUCAACAGCAGCAGUAAUAGUACUGUUGUAGAAGAUGAUAUUGACGCUGCUCUGGAAGACCUCCAAGUGACAUUAGAAGGAUCACACAUCAACUCAGGCCAUAAUGACAUCAUGCAAAUACCGGAGCUAUCAGAUUAUCUGCGAUUCCUGAAGCCGAAACGGUUCACACUGAAGCAGUCCAAACAAUUCUGGUUCACGUGUCGUGACCUCCAUCUCACUCUGUAUAAAUCACGGGAGGAGGCAUCCCAAGGAGCUGAGCCAGCGCAUCACAUCAAUCUGCGUGGCUGUGAGGUGACGCCUGAAGUCAAUAUCGCUCAGGGUAGAUACGGCAUCAAGUUGGAGGUACCUAGUGCUGAAGGCAUGACUGAGAUGUUCAUCCGUUGCAAUACUGAGGAGCAGUAUGCCAAGUGGAUGGCAGCGUGUCGAUUAGCUGCUAAGGGAAGGUCUUUGGCGGACAGUUCAUACGAUGCUGAAGUGAAAUCAAUCGUAGCUUUCUUGCAAAUGCAACACCCUGCUCCUACACCUGCCAUUAAUCCUUCAGCACUCGACAUCAUCCCAGAGGACUAUGUUUCACCAAGAUUCCUAAGAAAGUUCAAAGGAAAGUUGGUACAAAGGAUUCUGGAAGCUCAUGCCAACGUAAAAGAUCUGCCACUCGUAGACGCCAAACUGAGUUAUAUCAAAGCUUGGCAGUCACUGCCAGAGUAUGGCAUAUCACUGUUCAUUGUCAAAUUCAUGGGCCACAAGAAGGAAGAACUAUUAGGAGUAGCGUUCAAUCGGCUUAUGAGGAUGGAUAUUGGCACAGGGGACCACAUCAAGACGUGGCGAUACAACACAUUGAAGGCAUGGAAUGUGAAUUGGGAAGUAAAGCACAUGAUGGUACAGUUUGAGGAAGGAAACAUCAUCUUCAGUUGCCUGUCUGCUGACUGCAAAGUCAUCCACGAAUUCAUCGGUGGUUACAUCUUUCUUUCCAUGCGAUCGAAGGAAGCCAAUCAGACCUUGAACGAAGAAUUAUUUCACAAGCUAACUGGUGGAUGGGUUUAAUACUGCAAAAUUUCAGUAUAGUCAGCGCAGUAGUUUUUGGUC